UGAAAAAAAAAACAAAAGCAACGAUACAAAGGGAGCAAAGUAAACUCGGAAAAGGAAAGGGAGAAGCGAGCAAUGGAGGCGAGGGUUGCAGGAGUGCCCGAAGACGAGGAGUCCGGCCUCCUUCCCCGCCAGUCCGCCGCCGGCCGCCGGCCGUCCUCCCGCGGCCCCCGCUUCCCGCCUCCACCGGCGGUCUGGGCGACGGUGGACGGCCCCCUCGGGCUGCCGCUGGAGGAGGCGGAGGGCCACGCUCGGCGCUUCUUCCUGUGGGGUUUCGCGUGCCUCCCCUUCCUCUGGGCCAUCAACUGCUGCUACUUCUGGCCCGUCCUCCGUUCGCCGGCCGCAUCCUCGCCUGCCGCCUUCGGCCCCAUCCGCCCCUAUGUUGCGCGAUCAGCGAUUGGCUUUACCAUCUUUUCUGUUGUUCUGAUCACUUGGGCCACGACUUUUAUUGUUGGAGGCGAGCAAUUGUUUGGACCAGCGUGGAAUGAUCUAGUAAUGUACAAUGUCGCUGACAAGCUUGGCCUUUCUGGAUUCAUGGGAUAACUUCCAAUGGCUCCAACCAUCUCAUUGGCUAUACUCCAACUUUGCUUUUCUCUGGAGAUUGGAGAAGAUAGUUUCGUCUUCAUGGGACUUGGUACUAUUUGCUGCACUCCAGUAUCAAUGACUGGUUUGACUGAAGGGUUAGUGUGGGUUGUGUUGUAGAAAGAAGGGAUUGAUGAUGCGUGUUGGAGAGGUUAUGUCACCGUAGAUCUGAUGGAUAAUGUUUUUGUAUUGCUAGACAUCCGGAUAUGAUGCUGCACUGUGUUUUAUAUGUCCAAUUGUUGCUGGAACUGGAAUGAAUCAGGUAUCUGUAUUCCCUCUUUUGAAACUGUAUACUAACGUCAGUGAAUUAACUGUAAAUUAA